AGCCCUUUUUAAGAGAAAAGCCAGGACCGGUGGAAGAGCGACCCCUGAGCAGCGAUCCGAUCCGGGUGCUGAGCACGGUGCCGAGCGCAGAGAUCCCGCGGCUGCCGCGUUACAGCAACAUGAGCGAGCGACAAGGCACUGGGGCAACCAAUGGAAAAGACAAGACGUCUGGCGAAAAUGACGGGCAGAAGAAAGUUCAAGAAGAAUUUGACAUUGACAUGGAUGCGCCAGAGACAGAACGCGCGGCGGUGGCCAUUCAGUCUCAGUUCAGAAAAUUCCAGAAGAAAAAGGCUGGGUCCCAGUCCUAGCGGGAGAGCCCCCUCCUAGUCUUCCAGAAGACACCGAAUUCAACCAUCAUCUGUCAAAGAAAUUAAAAGAA